GCCACACGUACAAAACAACUCCCCAGAGCUGAGGGAACCGUGGCGAACCGUAAGCUAGGAUAAAAUUUUAUACACACGAUAUUAGGGGAAAACACCCACGAGCGAGCGUGUUUUUUGGUAGCCGCUAUUCGAGCUCUUCACAUCACAGCACUCAAAGACUUAACAAACAAGCCUUAACCCGACCUGGUAAAUACUCACCACCGUGAAGCACGACACAGGAACGCAGGAUCUGUUUACGGAAACGCACAACAACAACGCGCGAUAGUGCGUGAGUUUUGUCCCAUCAACAACAUCUCGGCAAAUGUCAACCGAUCAAUAGGAAAGCAUUGGAGUGCGAAAAUGAACACCGCGGAUGCGCUCCUUGCAGCCGACCAAUCUUCUUGCGCCACCGGCGGAAGUCUAGGAACGGAAUGGCAACCGAUUACACUAACGUUGGUGGAAUACCCGAAAGGUGACUUUAUAGGAAAACUGCUCGCAUGGAUCAGCCUGGCCCCGCUCGGUAUUGGGGCCGGCUUCGUGGCGCUUAUACUUUUUCGACGGGACCUGCACACGAUAGUGUUUUUCGUCGGUACGCUGGUGAACGAGUGCAUCAACAUGCUGCUGAAGCACUGGAUCAAGGAACCACGGCCCAUUUCGAGGGCACAAAUUUGGACCGAAUACGGCAUGCCUUCCUCACACUCGCAGUUCAUGUGCUUUUUCUCCACCUACGUGUUACUAUUUAUCUUUAUAAGACUGCAUCACAUGAACAAUAGUAGCAGUGCGCGGAUCGAACGGAUCGUUCGGGUACUGAUGCUGGCUAUUUGCUGGGCAGCAGCAUUUCUCGUGUGCUUCGGUCGGGUGUAUCUGCUGUACCACACGGUGCGGCAAGUGCUGAUCGGUGCCAUCGUCGGUGCGGUGGUAGGCGCCCUGUGGUUCCUGCUGACGCACUGCAUACUCACGCCCUACUUCCCCAUGGUCGUAACGUGGCGCAUUGCCGAGCUGUUUCUGCUGCGGGACACGACCCUUAUCCCCAACGUUCUGUGGUUUGAGUACACCGCAACCCGGCAGGAAGCUCGGGCACGAUCCCGCAAGCUGGUGAGCAUGAAAUCCCAGUGACGGUUCUGGUCACCCUGGCGGCGUUACUCGUACGGAAAAUAGCACCAAAACAACGCAGGCUUGCUUUGUUCUUUUGGUCGCUCGCAAACCAAAGCGAAACAGUAAAACUUAGCCGCGCUGGGGAAUCAACACGCAACACGCGUAUCGUUUGUUGAUAAGACGCAAGAGAAACUGCUGAAGAUCUGUACGCGCUCACCGAUUUGAUGCGUAACUUUUGCUGCAGAAACCGUACUACAUUGCUAAAUGUAGGUAUCCCCAUUUCCUCGUAAACACGGAAAAUGAAUUGAGAAUUCAUUCAACACGCGAUCGACGUACGCCCACUCGGAUGCGGGGCAGUAAGGGACGGAGCAUUGACCUUCUGUGCGUGGACACAGUAAGCCCAGUGGUGUGCAAACUAGGCAGCGCUAUGAUAAGGUUGACUGCUAGAUAACGUAAGUCAAUCCGCGAAAGUUAGAGAGGCACUAGCGUAACUCCUCGGAAGUGAUUCAACUUCGUCGCACUCUGCAAAAGGAUCUUCACGUCGGUACGAAUGAGACUUGCCUGUUCCCAUUCCCUGCACCAGCCCUAGAUCUUCUUGUUGCGACGAGCACGUGCACGUGCACCAACCAGUAAACAUAUAAUGUGAUCAUACACCGUUUGGAAGUAAUUAACAAGUCUAGGAUCGAUGAGGACAAAACAAAAGUAAUA